AUGCCAUUGAAUGUUAUCGUUGUCGGCGCAGGCCUGGGUGGCCUGGGUGCUGCCAUAGCACUUAGUCGUCAAGGGCACAAUAUCACGAUCACGGACGACCAUCGGAAGAAUUUGAAUGUGUAUGAUGAAUGGGUACUGACUCAUCGGGUGGACUUGCACAACGCGCUGCGCUCUAUUGCUGCCAAGGACAUUGACGGGCGGAAGAUCGAUGUACGGCUCUCCUCGCCGGUAAUAUCCGUUGUAAGUAGAGUUCGUUCUAUCUUCUCAGGCACAGUGACUGAUCAAGUGGGCUCGAAGGAUGCAGAAAAGGGAGAGGUCAUGCUCGGAGAUGGAAGCAAGUAUGUUGGUGACCUAGUUGUCGGUGCCGAUGGUGUUCACAGACAGUCCCACUCCGUUCGAGCCAUCAUGGGAGAAAACAGAGCCAUUAUAAACACUGGCCAAAGCUGCUUCCGAUUCCUGAUCCCCGUCGAAAAAAUGCGAGAUAAUCCACUUACGCAAAGCCUGCUCGAAAGAAUCGGACUCAACGGCGUUCACGUGUUCACCACCCUGGACCGCCGGCUGAUUGUAUACCCUUGUCGCGAUAAGCGAUUACUCAAUUGCGCCGGAAUAUAUCCGCCUAGUUCAGCAGAAGAGAUUGGAGGGGAUGCUUCAUGGCAUAACGCAGGAAGCGUGAGUCAGUUGGUCAACACCUUUCGCGGUUUCGGGGAGGAUCUGCUCGAGAUGUGCGGAAUGGCCGAGGAUGUCAAACUUUGGAGUCUGGCUUCUCGCGACCCGGCGCCGACGUUUGUGAAGGGUAAGCUCGCUUUAAUUGGGGAUGCAGCUCAUCCGAUGCUCCCGCAUCAGGGUCAAGGCGCCGCGCAAGCUUUUGAAGAUGCCGCCGCUCUCGCGGGGGUGUUGACGACAAACAUAACUCCAGAACAAUUGUCCCACCGGCUCGAUAUGUAUAACAAAAUUCGAUAUUCGCAUGCGGUAACAGUGAUGAUGAUGUCGCGAACAAACGACGAGCGACGGGCGGAAAUGCUGCAUGAACUGCAUCGAUAUGUUCCCAGCGCGGAGCUACCCAAAGACAUGUUCGCAUUUGCGUGGAUAUCGGAUCCUGUGAGGGAAGCAGCGCAGCUUGUGGCAAGUGAAUCAUAG